CUCUGCAUUGCUAGGCUUUCUACAGUGAAGCAACUUCUGUCAGACUUAUCAGGCUUUUUGUUAAGUCAGAACUCAACAGAAGCUGCUAUGAGAAUCCAUAAGUGAGAGGGAGAAUUACGUAAUUUUCAACUCUUUUCCACUCCGAUCCAAAAACUGAGCUGUUGCGCAGCCACUGGUACCUGUAUUGGGGAAACAUAGCAUACAAGCAAGAACCUUACAGCCUCAGUGGCGAAAAUUUUUUCAUGUCAGAGACCGAGAACUCUUGCAGUCGUUUAUGUCAUCCCGUCUUCUCCAGACAGAAGAUACCAAAAAACUGCAAUCAAAGAUCUCUUCAUCUUAUUGAUAAAGCUACUAAUAAGGCAAAAUGUCUGUCAACGUCAACCGCAGUGUUUCAGAUCAGUUCUAUCGCUACAAAAUGCCCCGUCUGAUUGCCAAGGUGGAGGGCAAAGGAAAUGGAAUAAAGACAGUUAUAGUCAACAUGGUUGACGUUGCAAAGGCGCUUAAUCGGCCUCCAACGUAUCCUACCAAAUUUUUUGGUUGUGAGCUGGGAGCACAGACCCAGUUUGAUGUUAAGAAUGACCGUUACAUUGUCAAUGGAUCUCAUGAGGCGAAUAAGCUGCAAGACAUGUUGGAUGGAUUCAUUAAAAAAUUUGUUCUCUGUCCUGAGUGUGAGAAUCCUGAAACUGAUCUGCAUGUCAAUCCUAAGAAACAAACUAUAGGUAACUCUUGCAAAGCCUGUGGCUAUCGAGGCAUGCUUGACACAAACCAUAAACUCUGCACGUUCAUUCUCAAAAACCCACCUGAAAGUGGUGACACUGGUACAGGAAAGAAAGAAAAGGAGAAGAAGAACAGAAAAGGCAAAGACAAAGAGAAUGGUUCUGUGUCCAGCAAUGAGACACUUCCACCCCCACCACCAGAGGAGAUUACUCCUCCACAGGUUGUGGAGGAGGAGGAUGAUGAUGACUGGGGUGAGGACACAACAGAAGAAGCCCAGAGGCGCAGAAUGGAUGAAAUCAGUGACCAUGCAAAGAACCUCACACUUAGUGAAGACCUGGAAAGAACUAUAGAGGAGAGAGUCAACUUACUAUUUGAUUUUGUAAAGAAAAAGAAGGAAGAAGGUGUCAUCGAUACUUCUGACAAAGACAUUGUAGCAGAAGCAGAGAGACUGGAUGUAAAGGCUAUGGGCCCACUUGUUCUCACUGAAGUCCUUUUUGAUGAAAAGAUUCGUGAGCAAAUCAGAAAAUACAGACGUCACUUCCUUCGUUUCUGCCACAACAACAAGAAAGCUCAGAGGUACCUUCUCCAUGGCUUCGAGUGUGUGGUAGCUAUGCAUCAGUCCCAGCUUAUUUCAAAAAUACCACAUAUUUUGAAGGAAAUGUAUGAUGCAGAUCUUCUAGAAGAAGAAGUCAUCCUUGGCUGGGCAGAAAAGGCCUCAAAGAAAUACGUUUCAAAGGAGCUUGCCAAAGAAAUCCGUGUCAAAGCAGAACCAUUUAUUAAAUGGCUAAAGGAAGCUGAAGAAGAAUCUUCCGGAAAUGAAGAAGAGGAUGAAGAUGAAAAUAUAGAGGUGGUGUACUCCACAACUGCCAGUGUACCUAAAGUUGAAACUGUGAAGCCUGCAAACAAUAAAGAUGACGAUAUCGAUAUUGAUGCCAUUUAAAGUGAUGCAACAUAGCUUCCAGCAUAGUAAUGCAAACUUCUCUGCAUUUUCUGCCUGGAGUGUGACUUGUAUGUGCACAAGCUGAAAUGGCUUAACAUCCUGCUACUUUGUACUCUAAAAUGUAUCUUUUUACUGUGACUGGUCUUGUGUUACUAAGCCUAAUACCAAGGAGUCAGCACGUCGGUGAACUGAUCUAGUUUGCAACUGGCAUGUUCUAUUUUGUUUUUCUAACUUGUGUUGGACACAUACUUGGAGCACAUUUAUACAGUUGUGGAAAUAAAGGAUUUGGUUUUGGUCAAUCUUCA